GGAAAAAAACUCCCCCUCUCCCCCUUCUUCCAAAAUAGACAACUUCAAUUCUACAUCAUGGUGAUGGGAAGUAUGCAGCGUGCUGUUCUGGUCCAAACCCUCUUCGUCUCUGCUCAAUUCAUGGAAUAUUUUUAUGGGAAAGAAAAGACAACAGGCAGUCUCACGUUUGAUCGUGACAUCAUUUGUGGGUAUUUUAUCUGGCUUGGAUUUUUUUACUCUUCUUUUUGCCUUUUGUGUGUGGUGGGGGGCGGCUCCGGGAUGUGUGUCACUAGCUUGGAGGCAGAGGCCAUGUGUGCAAGCUGAGGAGCUGACUUCUGCGCGAAAUGGAGGAGAGAGAAACAAGGAACACCCUGGUUUUUGCCGUUAACGGCGAGAAGUUUGAGCUUUCCAGCGUCGAUCAUUCUACUACUCUGCUUGAAUUUCUGCGUUCUCAGACCCGUUUCAAGGGCGCCAAGCUCGGUUGUGGAGAAGGUGGUUGUGGUGCUUGUGCUGUUCUACUAUCAAAAUUUGACCCUGUGCUUGGCCAAAUUGAGGAUAUUUCAGUGAGUUCAUGCCUUACACUUCUUUGUAGUGUAAAUGGAUGUUCAAUUACAACUACUGAAGGCCUUGGGAAUAGCAAAGUUGGCUUCCACCCAAUUCACCAGAGGUUUGCUGGUUUCCAUGCUUCUCAAUGUGGCUUUUGCACUCCUGGGAUGUGUGUUUCACUCUUCUCAGCUCUUGUCAAUGCUGAAAAAACACAUCGGAUGGAGCCUUUUCCAGGAUUUUCCAAGCUGACAGUUUCUGAGGCUGAAAAAGCUAUUGCUGGAAAUCUCUGUCGCUGCACUGGGUACCGGCCCAUUGCAGAUGCCUGUAAAAGUUUUGCAGUAGAUGUUGAUAUAGAGGAUUUGGGGUUUAAUUCUUUUUGGAAAAACGGAGAGAGUAAGGAGGUUAAAGUCAGCAGGUUGCCUUUUUAUAACAUCCAGGAUGGCAUUUCUACAUUUCCUGAGUUCUUGAAAAAGGAAACUAAACCCACAAUGCUUCUCGACUCUAGACGGUGUUCUUGGUUUAUUCCUGUCAGUGUUGAGGAGCUUCAAAACUUAGUAGAACAUGAUGAGGCUGAAAAUGGGACCCGGAUGAAAUUGGUUGUUGGAAACACAGGCAUGGGUUAUUAUAAGGAAGUAGAACUCUAUGAUAAAUACAUUGAUCUAAGAUAUAUUCCUGAACUUUCAGCGAUUCAAUGUGAUCACUCAGGGAUUGAGAUUGGAGCGGCUGUGACAAUCUCUAAAGCUAUUUUAGCCUUAAAGGAGGCAGAACUGGGUGUAUUUCAUUCGGAAGAGGUGGCAGUGUUCAGAAAAAUUGCUGGCCAUAUGGAGAAGAUUGCUUCAGGGUUCAUUCGGAAUUCUGCGAGCAUAGGGGGAAAUUUGGUGAUGGCUCAAAGUAACCAUUUUCCCUCAGAUAUUGCUACAGUACUUCUUUCUGUGGGUUCAGUGGUUGAGCUAAUGACAGGUCUCAGACGUGAAAAGCUUACAUUGGAGGAAUUCUUGGAAAGGCCCCCCUUGGAUGCUAGGAGUAUACUUUUAAGUGUUAAAAUUCCAAGGUGGAAACCAAGUAGGAGCAUUGCUUCAGAAAACAUUCCUAUGUUGUUGUUUGAAACUUGUAGGGCUUCACCAAGACCCCUUGGAAAUGCACUGCCCUACUUAAAUGCUGCUUUAUUGGCUGAAAUUUCUUUGUAUAAAAAUUCUAAAGAAAUUUGUCUGGAUAAUAUACAGUUGGCUUUUGGUGCUUAUGGGACCAAUCAUGCAAUAAGGGCAAGGAAGAUUGAGAAAUUUUUAGCAGGAAAAUCCCUAAGCAUAGAUGUUCUGUAUGAAGCAAUUAAAUUGGUUAAAGCCACUGUGAUACCUGAAGAUGGCACUUUACUUUCAGCCUAUAGGUCAAGCUUGGCUGUUGGUUUUCUUUUUGAGUGUUUUAGCCCCUUGGUUAAUACUAGCAUUGAAUUUUCUAAUGGAGAUGCCAAGAUUUUGCCAGAUAUGUUUUCCGAAAUAAAAAAUAAGUAUAGCCAGUUUGAUCUUACGAGCAAACAGUCUUUGCUAUCAUCUGCGAAGCAGGAGUUAGAACUAAGUAAAGAGUAUCAACCUGUUGGUGAACCAAUUAUAAAAUCUGGAGCUGCCAACCAGGCUUCUGGUGAGGCUGUGUUCGUGGAUGACAUUCCUUCUCCAAUAAAUUGCCUGCACGGAGCAUUCAUUUAUAGCACAAAGCCUUUGGCAAGGGUAAAGAAUAUCAAAUUCAAAUCGGAAUCACAACCAGAUGGAGUUGCUGCUGUUAUUUCUUUUAAAGACAUCCCGGCAAGUGGCGAGAACAUUGGGUCGAAGACCAAAUUCGGUACUGGAAAAUUAUUUUCUGAUGAUCUUACAGAAUGCACAGGUCAACGGAUUGCUUUUGUGGUGGCAGAUUCACAGAAGCAUGCAGAUAUGGCAGCUAACAUUGCAGAGGUUGAUUAUGACAUGGAAAAUCUUGAACCACCCAUUUUAUCUGUAGAAGAGGCUGUUGAGAGAUCUAGCUUUUUUGAGGUUCCUUCUAUUCUUUAUCCAAAACAGGUUGGUGAUUUUUCAAAAGGAAUGGCUGAGGCUGAUCACAAGAUUCUAUCUUCUGAGAUUAGAAUUGGGUCCCAGUACUAUUUCUAUAUGGAGACACAAACUGCGCUUGCUAUCCCGGAUGAAGAUGAUUGCAUGGUGGUAUAUAGUUCAUGUCAAUGCCCCGAGUUUGCACAUGCAACAAUUGCAAGAUGCCUUGGUGUUCCUGGAAACAAUGUCCGUGUGGUUACAAGAAGAGUUGGAGGAGGCUUUGGUGGAAAGGCAAUACAAGCUAUACCUGUUGCUACAGCAUGUGCACUUGCAGCACACAAACUACAACGCCCUGUACGAACAUAUCUCAGUCGCAAGACUGAUAUGAUAACAGUGGGAGGAAGACAUCCCAUUAAAAUAACAUACAGUGUAGGAUUCAAAUCCAAUGGAAAGAUCACAGCCUUACACACUGACAUAUUAAUCAAUGCUGGGAUAGAUGCAGAUAUAAGCCCGAUGAUGCCUAAUAACAUUUUGAAUGGGCUUAAAAAGUACGACUGGGGUGCUUUAUCUUUUGAUGUAAAGGUAUGCAAGACAAAUACUUCAAGCAAAUCAGCAAUGCGGGCUCCUGGGGAAGUACAGGGUACAUAUAUUGCUGAAACUGUGAUUGAACAUGUUGCAUCUGCACUUUUCAUGGAGGCAGAUUUGGUCAGAGAUAUAAACCUCCACACACUCAAUAGCCUUGGUGUUUUUUAUGAUAAUGCUGUAGAUGAAGCACAUGAAUAUAGUUUGCCUUCAAUUUGGGAUAAGUUGAUCAGCUCUUCAAGCUUCCACCAGAGGGUUGAAGCCCUAAAACAGUUCAAUAGCUCUAAUAAAUGGCAGAAAAGGGGUAUAUCUCGAGUACCCAUUUUGCAUGAGGUGUCAUUGAGACCAACGCCAGGCAAAGUAAGCAUUCUUUGUGAUGGGUCUGUUGUUGUUGAAGUUGGAGGAAUUGAGCUGGGUCAGGGUCUGUGGACAAAAGUAAAACAGAUGGCUGCGUUUGCUCUCAGUUCAAUUCAAUGUGAUGGAAUUGAAGGCCUCUUGAAAAAGGUACGGGUCAUUCAAUCUGACACCUUGAGCUUAAUACAAGGGGGCUUUACUGCUGGGAGCACUACAUCUGAGUCAAGCUGUGAAGCUGUUAGACUUUGCUGCAAUAUCUUAGUAGAAAGAUUAACCCCUCUCAAGGAAAGUAUGCAGAAGCAAAUGGGCUCUAUUAAGUGGGACUUGCUAAUCCAUCAGGCAAACUUGACAGCUGUGAAUUUAUCCGCGAGUUCUUACUAUGUACCUGACUUCUCUUCCAUGCGAUACUUAAACUAUGGUGCUGCAGUUAGUGAGGUGGAGGUUAAUCUUCUUACAGGGGAAACUACAAUUUUGCGAGCAGAUAUUAUUUACGAUAGUGGACAGAGUCUGAAUCCGGCUGUGGAUUUGGGACAGAUUGAAGGAGCUUUUGUGCAAGGAAUAGGGUUUUUCAUGCUCGAGGAAUUCUUGACAAAUUCAGAUGGACUGGUAGUUGCAAACGGCACAUGGACGUACAAGAUCCCAACAAUUGAUACCAUACCCAAACAGUUCAAUGUUGAGAUAUUGAACAGUGGACAUCACCGAAAACGCAUCCUCUCUUCUAAAGCAUCCGGUGAGCCACCAUUACUUCUGGCAGUUUCAGUUCACUGUGCCACAAGGGCGGCCAUUAGAGAAGCUAGAAAACAGCUUCACUUGGAUAGCCCUGAUUUGGCAUUACAAUUGGGAAUCCCUGCCACCAUGCCUGUUGUGAAGGAGCUUUGUGGACUUGACAAUGUGGAGAGGUACUUGCAGAGUUUGCUUCCUAGUGCAUAAAAGCACUUUGCUCCUUUAAUUUUAUGUCUAUAGUUUACAGAAGACCAUACAUGAGCGACUUGAUGGGCAGAAAGUGUUGAAUUGUACAGGGCAUACUCGCUUAAUAGUAUCUGGUGGUCAUGAAAGACAAUCAUGUUGGUUAUGUGAAAAUAUUGUUGUUAAAUUGUUGAAAUAAUUUUGCCAACAAUGCUAUAAACCACAUCCAAUGCUGAAGCAUAAUAAUAUCACUGUUCAACAA